UAAGACGCCAAGAAAACAGAGAAAGAAGAAGGAAAGAACAAAAACUAUCAGAAUAUUGCAUUAAAAGAUUAUUAUGAAAAGCAAAACUCAGAUGGGAGAAGUGAUAAUAUAUGUAGAUGAAUAUAAAUUCAUCUCUGGUUCAACAUAUUUAUGUAGAAUUUGCCAUGACGAAGAAUUUGAAAGCUGUAAAAAUUUAGAAGCUCCUUGUGCAUGUUCUGGAACUGUCAAGUUUGCUCACAGGGAUUGUAUUCAAAGAUGGUGCAAUGAAAAGGGAAAUACAAUCUGCGAAAUUUGCUUACAGAAAUUUGAACCUGGAUACACGGCUCCACCUCCUAAGAAGGCCCACUUGUUUGAUAAUACAGCUGCGACAAUUAGAGGAAAUGCAGAAGCAGAUAUAGAAAAUGGAAGGGAAAGAGAAUCAGAAGAAGAAGGACAAAUGUUGGUGAGGAGUCAGUAUUCUCAAUGUUCACAAGCAGCAGAUAGAAGUGCCUCUUGUUGUCGAACCGUUGCUCUCAUUUUCACAAUUCUGCUUAUGAUGAGACAUCUGCUAGAGGUGCUCACUGGAGGACCAAGAAACUAUCCCUUUACACUUCCUACACUGCUUAUUAUAAAAUCCACUGGAAUACUCUUGCCCAUGUACAUUAUAGUCCUGUUAAUCACAAGAAUUCAGAUUAUCAUUAGACAGCAGUAUCUGGAUACAGAAGACAGCUUAUCCAACUCUGACCAAGACAACUAAUAAGAGAGCCCUCCCCAAUUUUCUAUUCUUUUCAUUAACAGUGUAAUUUGUAUUUUCUAAGCAUCAUCCUGAUGCUUUAUCUAAUUGGUUUUUAGUUUUUACCAUACUCGUGGAGAGUAAUGAAAGUUUCACAACA